AUGACGGCAUCCCAACAAUCCGGCAUAAUAGUAUACAUCCCGCUCCCCUCUCUAUCCGCAUCACGUACUCGAGCACUCCAGCUAAUAUCUCACGCAUCAGGACUCGCCCAACAUCAACUCCGAAUAAUCUUGUCGUGUCCAGACAUUGCUGCAAACGCCUCCACUCCACGACGAGUAUGGCAAGUGCUUCAGGGACUCGUGGCCGACUUUUACAUCUCGGCUUCAACCGUGGCGUAUACGUGUAACAACCCAUUGCUGAAUGUGGACAUCAUUUUUGAGGGGUACUGUGGAUAUGACGCGUGGAUUGAUUAUGGAGGGUUAGAAGGCGGAUUUGAUGCUGUUUUGUGUGAUGACCAAGCAGUCCUAUCAGAAGCAAACAAGAAGCGACAAUCAGCAGGUCUACCUGCCUUUGAAUCUCUUGAACUAGAACCCGAAACAUCAAAAACCAACGAAACACCAUCAGUAACAACAAACUCACAAGAAUUCUAUCAUCGUGGAUCAAAUCCACCAGACAUUUACGACCAUAUAGCUAUGGGAGGAACAUUCGAUCAUUUGCAUAGCGGACACAAGAUUCUACUGACUAUAGCUGCUUGGCUGUCUCGGCUUUCGCUGUUUUGCGGUGUUGUGUCUCCAGACCUACUGAAAAACAAGAAAGGAGCAGCCUUGCUCGAACCAAUAGAUACGCGAAUCUCAAACUGCAACACCUUUUUAUAUCGAUUCAAGAGAGGUGGUGAUUUGGUGUUUGAUGUGGCUCAAAUUAACGAUCCGUAUGGUCCUCCACAAGAUAAUCCAAAGUAUUCUGCUAUUGUGGGAUCAUUGGAGACACUCAAAGGAUGUGAAGCUGUAAACGACAUGCGAAUUAAAAACGGCCUCGGUGACAAUCUCUUAGACAUCUACGUCAUUGAUGUCAUCUCAAAGAAUUCUCGUGUUGGGCAAAAAGACAUGGAUACCAAACUCAGUUCAACUUUUAUACGAAAUUAUCUGCAACAGCAUAACGAAACAGCUAAUCAAAAGUUAGAGUUGACAAAAUAA